UCUUAUACACCGUAGAUAUUACGUUCAUUGGUAGGUUAAAUCUCACGGAUCUGUCACUUGUCAUUGUGUUGUUAAAGUUAAGGUUAGGUUAUUCAUUGGUUAGGUUAAAGUAUGUCAAGAAAAUCUUCAUGAAUUAAAUAUGAUUUUUCUGUAAUUACAAGCAGAGAACAUAACACAAUGAAUAGGUUUAAAUUCCGUACAAUAUUAAAGUAUGGAGCACUUGGUGGCCUAGCAGUUGGUACCUUUUUUAGUUUACGUACAAACGACUAUCAAGUAGAUUCCAUUGGAGUUGUAAGACUAUCUCGAGCUGCAGCUGCAGUGUUUGAUAUAACAUCAGUUUACAAAAAAAAGUUAUAUAAAUCUGAUCUCGAUAAGAACUCCCAGGAGUACCAUGCUUUAACAUCGUCGUGUCAUAAAGAAGCAGCUGAAAAGUUACUACAAUUAUGCUGUACCAACAAGGGUGUUUAUAUAAAAGUAGGUCAACAUAUUGCUGCUUUGGAUUAUUUGGUGCCUGAAGAAUACGUACAAACUAUGAAAAUUUUGCAUAGCCAGGCUCCAUCGAGCACUAUACAAGAUGUGUACAAAGUGUUAAAAGAAGACUUGAAGAGAAAUCCACAUGAAAUAUUUAAAAGUAUUGAACUUGAGCCUCUAGGCACAGCCUCGCUGGCUCAAGUUCAUAAAGCAGUGUUACAUGACGGAACAACACUGGCCAUUAAAGUACAACACGCGUAUGUACAAGGCAACUCUAGAGUUGACAUGAAAACUAUGGAAAUUUUAGUGAAAAUAGUAAGUUGGCUUUUUCCUGAUUUCAAAUUUCAGUGGUUAGUAGAUGAAACUAAAAAAAAUCUGCCCAAAGAGUUAAAUUUCGAAGAGGAAGGUAAAAAUGCAGAAAAGAUUAGUGAAAGUUUUCAACAUUAUGAAUGGCUUAAAGUACCCAAAAUAAGAUGGGAUUUAACAACUCCACGAGUUUUAACAAUGGAAUAUUUGGAAGGAGGCCAAGUAAACGAUUUAAAGUACAUCAAAGACAAUGAUAUCAAUCCAUACGAGGUGACCGAAAAAUUGGGUAAACUAUACUCGGAAAUGAUUUUUCUCAAUGGAUUUGUGCAUAGCGAUCCUCAUCCUGGUAACAUUCUUGUCAGGAAUUCAAACAAUAGUUGUGAGGUAGUGUUAUUAGAUCAUGGCUUAUAUGCGACAUUAAGCAAGGAAUUUAGAGUUUCUUACUCCAAUCUUUGGUUAAGCAUAUUGAACAGUGAUCGAGUGGCAAUGAGGACGUAUAGUGAUAAACUGGGUAUACACGGCGAUCUGUAUGGAUUAUUUGCAUGCAUGGUGACUGGACGUUCUUGGGAAAGUAUAAUGCACGGUAUCGAUAAACGUCAACGAACAGCUGAAGAUGCAGAUAAGAUGAAGAAGGUUUUACCAAGGUAUUUACCUCAAAUCUCAGGAAUAUUAGAGAACGUUAAUAGACAGAUGUUAUUAAUUUUUAAAACAAAUGAUUUAAUUCGUGGAAUUGAACAUACGUUACAUACUGACUCACGAAAGGCCGCCUUUAAAGUUAUGACGCAGUGUUGCAUAAAAUCAAUCUACCAAGAUAAAUUGGAUGUUUCGCAAAGUAGAUUUCAAAAGUUAAAGGUUAGAAUAGUGGAAAAAUGGUUAUUGUUUAAGAUAAGUGUUUAUUAUAUAUUGCUCAAUUUAACGAACUUGUACAGUAUAGUAAUCAAUGUUGGUAGGAAGCCGCUUCAAAUUAUCGAAAGCUGAGUAGUUAUUUUUUUGACAUUUCAUGAGAGCAUGUCGAAGUGGUGAAUUAGAAACAGCUUUUUUGCCGACGGAAGAAAGAAUGUUUCACUUUUUAUGGAAUGAGCCAUUUUUUAAAUUCAGGUUUCAUACUCUAAAAUAUUUAUUUAACUCGUAAAUAUAUUUUUGCCCAUUACUAGGCAAUCUCGGUGAAAGUGCAAUAAGUACCACAAUAAUUUACUUUAAGUGUGAACAUUAGUUUUUGUACUACAGUCAUUAAUUGUAGCAUUAUUCCUGUUAUAAACAUUAAAUUAUUGGCAAACCUGUGUCUAAAAUAAUUAAAAUAAUUUAUUGGUUAUUUAGAUUUACAUAAGCUAUAGACUUAUGCUUUAUGUUGUUUUAUUAAAUUA